AAUGGUCGGGAAAGCACCUUCUGUCGCACGAAACAUUAAUUGGAAAAUAAUAUUUAUCAGACUACGGUGAAGGCAAUUACUGUUGAAAACUACAGUUGAAAACUACAGUUGUGAAAUAGAAGUCGUACUGUGAGCCGAAGAUGCACGGAGUGUCGGAAAUGAGUUGCUCUUCCAUGAGGUAUUACGUUGGUGUUGACCAGUGUUUAUUAGGCGAUUCGCGAGAUGAUGCUUGCCUGAAAGGUCGCUGUAAAUACGGCUUAAUGACGGCCAGAGCGAGCCGCAGUCGUGAUUGAAGACCAGCGAUGGAUAGGCCUACCAGCCAGGAGGAUCAGCUGUCUGGCCCGGUAGCAGAUGUCGAAGGUCAAACGGAGGUGCCUAGUUCUCCUCACGGCUCUGCCAUCAGCCAGCAGUCCUCCACAUCUCACAGCAGCGCACACUCGAGCCACUCUUCACCCACAUCAAGGCUCCGCCAGAAGCAACUAGCCUGCCGGAAGUAUUGCAGCACCGUCCUAGCCUGUCUCGCAGUUGGGGUUAUGAUCACCCUGGGCAGCGUAGCAAUGACAGUCUGUGGAUAUUUCGCCAUGAACAUUGCCAGCCAGACAGUGCAGUCAGGGAACAAGACCGCGGUGGUGCUAGACGAGCAGCUCCACGAGAACCUGUACAAGUUCCGGACUUUCGGGCCGGUCAUGAUCGGCUUCGGCAGCUUCCUCAUCAUGUGCGCAUGCGUGUUGCUAUGCGAGGAGAAAGACAAAAAACACAAAUCUCGCACCCACGCGGGCGAGAAUCUGCUGAGCGAGCACGAGCGAAUCAUGCAAGAGGCAAGAGAACGAUUCUACAACGAGAACCGAAAUGUGUUAUUGGUUGAGUCUAACACGGUGGACUACCGGAACCCUAAAGCCUCGUCCAAUGAGUGCACCUCAUGCUUAGAGUCUGAAAAUGUCAGAAACAGCGCCAUAACGCAAGUCAAACCCUUGGCCUCGUCUGCUGCAGAAAGUGACGGAGCAAGUGGUGUUUCCGGCUCGCCUGUUGUACUUGUUCAUGGACCAACCAUCAUAGAACCAGCGCAGUGUGCUGUUAGCGAUGAACACCAACAGACUAACGAAAACGGAAUGAGUGAUAUUCAUUCAAAAUCAAACCACAACAGUCCAGACCACAAAAGUAGCAGUCCGUCUCGUAACUCCAAGAAACACAACGCCGUCAGACCUUCCAGCAUUGAGGAUGCGAAGAGCGAGCUGGCCUUCCCGAUUAGCCCGGUUCUACCCAAAAUUGAUUCUCCGCGAGGCAGCAAUGGGAUAUCACGUGCAGGGGGAGCCAUUCCGAAAUCGAUUCUCGUGCAGCCGCUCAAACUCUCGCCUAUUCGGAGUGUGAAUGGACCCAUCAGGGUCCGGCUGGAUGACUCGCCGACAGAACUGUCUCCCUUCGCGCCGUCGAAUGCGUCCAAAUCUGCUGAGUGCAUACCCCAGCCUCGUAGUCCGGGCUCAACAUCGGGACGGGUGAAGCGGGGCAAAAAGAAGAAGUCAGCAGGCAGCUUGCAGGCUAGCUUGGGCCAGUGCCGCUGCUUAUCAGACCCGUCCAUGUCCACACCACGAUCUCAGGACAGACAGCUAGACUCCUGCUGCUGCCUGCAGCCGGACUGCUGCUGGGGCAGCAACUGUCAACUGGAUAAAUCAGUAUCGACGAAUGCUAAAAACACGGACGAUCCUUUAGCGGGUUUAGUAGCGACUGGUGGCAAGUCCAAUAUUCCAUUGCUGCAGCCUUUGAAUUCAGACUGUGUGCCGAUACAAAGCAUUGAGUUAAAACCAAAGAGUAUAGGGGAACUUGUCGCAGCUGAUCGGGAAAAAUCUACUAAUAAACACAAAGACACCUGUUUGGAUACACAUUACAAAAAUCCACAUGGUGUAAACCAGAUAACAAAUAGUGACAAAGAUACAUUGAGGGACGCUACCCCACCCAAGGGAGCUGCAUCUCCAGCUCGGCAGGUAGAUAGUGACAAGGAGCGUUCAGCUCUGGGUGGGGAAAAGGUGACCACAGACGAGACAAAUGCAGAGGCACUGGCCAUAAAGGACAGAAACUCCAACAUCAAAGUGUCUUCCAAACGGCAGGAUGCACCGGGAAAGGGCGCCCCCAAUAGUGGGCAGGCAAAAGGUGGUGUUAUUGUUAAGUAAAAUAGCUAAUCCCAAAAUGGCGCCGACGGGAUCCGCUACGUUGUCCUACGUACCACGGCGAACUUGCAUUCCCGUAAGUAGGCCUAUCCCUAUCAAUUUACUUAUUCACGUCACUUCAUUACAAAGGUGUUUCAACACGGCUAAAUAAUCCUUCUUUCUCUGUUCCGAUUAAGUACCCAAUUGACAGGCCUAAUUCCCAACUUUAAGUAAUAACUCACCCAAACCAAGUGUGGUACUAGAACAUCAUUGUCCAUCUCCCCAGCUGAAUAUUUUUGCUAGCACAGUCUAAGCCCAGUAAUAGUAUUGGCUCGUAAGCUGUGUUCCAAUGAUCACUUUGUGUGCUUAGAUAAUAUCUGCGCUUACCAUGCCAGUUCCCAUUGUGUUGGCCCAGGUGCAGGGCUCAUGGUAUAGACAUACAUUAUGGCUUUCAGGCAUCACGCGAGUGCAUCAUCUAGGGGCAAGUUCAAUCAAGGACCAUACCAUAGUUCGACUAACUCUGGUGGAACGCACGCUAGUCGACGACGGUUGGACUAGUCUAGUCGACUAUUCAGGACCAGCCUAUACAACGUAUAGCUGCUUCCUUAUAGCAAUUUUCAUAGCAAAGUGCAGAGGGGACCAACAUCAACAAAAAUGGCGGGAAAACAAACUGUGAGUGCUAAAUUUCAUUUUCAUUACAUAGUUUUUCCAUGUUAGCUUACGAUUCUGUCACUUUGUCACCACUGUAUAAUAAUAAUGGCGAUAAUGUAGGUGUCCUUAACUACGCAAUCACCAUUAUAUGUGUAUAGGUAAACAGAAACAUCAGUGUUGAAAAAUUUUGCGACCGCCAUUUUCUUACGGUUGUUGACACGACAAUAGCACGGCUAUAGAGUCGUUCGCAAUUCAACUUCAGUGCGCAUGCGCAAGUUACGUCACGAACCAACCUGUAGUUAACCACUGGUCCUUGAUCGAACUUGCUCCAGGAUUUACGUUGUGUCAGUUACCUCACCAGAGACCAACAUGGUCAAUUAUUGAUCUUAUUGACAAUAUGGCGGUUAUACUGUAUGUGGCUUUUGAACUUGAACUUGGCAAUUGGAACUAGGAACUAGGUUUGUAAUAUGACUGUAAUGAGAUUCAUAAUUAAAACAAAAUACAUUUAAAUUUUUUUGCAGAUCUCUACGACGCCGCCUAUAGUGACCUCGAUUGUUUGAUAAAAUGUUUGGUAAAAUGUCAUUAUUUCACACACAUUUUUUUUUACACCAUUCGUUAAAGCACGAAUUAUAGCUAUCGAGGUUUUGCAGACCUUAUUACGUGAACGGUGAUAGAUCCGCCUUUUUGGGCGUCUGGCGCGUCUCUUGAUUGAUUGAUCGUACAGUGCAUGUGCACUGCAUUGUGAUUAAUUGCAUGGAUCAUCUCUGGAUGGACUUUUCUCCAAAAAGUAAUUGGUUAACCCAAACAAAUUGAACAGAAAAUGAAAGAUGAUGAAAUAAGCUUUGAUUUGAUGUGUCUCUCAAACACCUUGGAGAAUUGUGAGUAUUUUUCCUUAAUUUCGGAAGUGGGCGUAGCCGAUUCAUCAUUGGGGUCUAUGGCAGUUUAUUUUACUAGUCUGCAACCGUAGACGUUUAAUAUGGCGCUCGUGGCCCCGACCACAGACCUGUGACGUCACCUAAUAUUUCUCAAUUGAAAGUCCAAGUUUGAUUGGCUUCACAGUGCCUGUACAUCGUUUCUACCCCAGAGAUGAUCCCGAACUAAAAAAAAUAAGCCCUCAAGAGAAAAACAUGUUGAAGAACUCAAUAAAACUAUGCAAUAAUGUUCAAGGUUGGAUCGGGUGGGUUAACACCGAAGUAUCUGCCAUUAAGGCUCUUCGGUUCUGUGCGUUUAAGAACCAUUCACACCAGAAUCGAAAUUAUACGGUUAACUCUUGGCAGAGUUUACCUGAAAACAAGUCCGUGUAUCAUGCAGGCAUUGAUGCUUUGAACACGCCUGAAAAUUUAGAAACGUUUUCAAGCUGAAAGCGACGACCACCGGUUACAGGAUAAGUUUCCAGUAAACUAGAGGGUAGGAUAUUUAUACAUAUUCAUACAAAAUGGUAGUGUUCUGUUUAUCGUGGAUGAAGCUCAGCCCAAUUUCCUUUUUAUUAUGUUACCAGUACGCACAAAUUAUAUGCAACUCUUAAUCAAUGUAUAAAGAAAAGAUAUAACAGAUUUUGUUGCUUUGAAUUAUGUAAGUAAACGUGGUAUUUGUAGAGAUUUAUUUGCAUAAUUUGAAAUAAAAUAUUUUAUAGCAAGAACUAUUAAAGAAUGUUUAUGCUAGAUGGGACGCCUU